AUAGUACUUGUCCUCAUGAUUUUACAGCCUAAAUGAACACAAACAAUGAAGAAGGAAGAAUACCUAGAGAAGAAAACAAAGGCAGAAGCCAGAGGAGAUUUUGCUGUUGCCAGCUCCCAGCCAGGCUCAGCGGCAGCUCACAUGUCAAGCGCCGGCAUGGACCGCGGGGCUGAGAUAACCCUGGAGGAGGAAGCUCCGGUGAUCGGCCAAGCCUCCAGGAUGCACCUCAAGGAGGACUUGAGGAGGAUACGAUGCGCUGUGCUGCUGUGCCUGCUGGCCGUGCUGCUGCUGGCAUUGCCCACCGCCUACCUGCUGGUUGGAAACCUCCGAGCCCCCAACUCCUGCUCUGGCCAGGUCACAGACGAGAGGGGCUCUCACCUUCUGAAGCAGCGGGCAGUAGAAACUGUUACAGAUACAAUUCCCAGUGCGGAGAAGCCAAGAGCGCACCUGACAGUGAAGAAACAAGACCUUUCCAGCACCAUGGGAAACCACCUGCCAAUCCUGCAGUGGGAAGACAAGCAAGGCUUGGCCUUUACCAAGAACAACCUGAGUUAUUUCAGCAACUCACUGGUGAUACCUGUGUCUGGGGACUACUAUGUCUAUGCUCAGGUCACUUUCCGAGGGCCCAUUGAAAGUUCAGGGAAAGCGAAUUCUGUCACUGCCAUCAUCACCAAAGUCACCGACAGCUACCCCGAGCCCACCCAGCUGCUGACCAGCACCAAGACCCUCCGUGAAGAAGGGAACAGCUGGUUCCAGCCCAUUUAUCUGGGAGCCGUGGUCUCCUUAGAAGUAGGGGACAAGCUGAUGGUCAACGUUAGCAACAUUAAGCUGGUGGAUUACACUAAGGAGCACAAAACCUUCUUUGGUGCCUUUCUACUGUAGGUCUCUGGCAGCAGCUGGUGGGGGCUGACAUGGCCCUGCUGGACUCUGGUUUGGUGGAGGCGUGUUGGGGUGCUGGUCGCUGUUCUGUUCUCGUUCUGUACUGUCACUCACCUGCAGCACUCUCUGCAGCCUUAAAUUAAGGGGUAGGGAAAGCUGAAGCCGCAGGCUGAAUUGAAACAAAGCAAAAAACUCCAGAAAAAUGCAAGUCAGGCUAGAGGAAAAUAGAAGGUUUUGAAAGCAAAAGCUAAGAGCUCUUCAAAACUUUGUAUGCUGGGGAGGGACCUGUUAUAUGUGUGGGAUAGGCCUAUUUAUCCUGAAUACUACAGCUAAGCUGCAUCACUAACUCCUCUUCUAAUAUACAAUUUCCUCAUCUCAAAAAAAAAAAAAGUGUUUUAAACUUUCCCCAACACUUCCAGUAUAGUUUUGCAUUACCUCACUUCAGAUUCUCAGUUCUAAAAGGUAAUUAUUUUUUGUCAUUUCCUUACAAAU